CUCAAUUAUGUCAAUUUUUACAUCGUAACUAUGAAAUUUUGUGUAAAUUUGCGCCGUUUUCAUCGAAUUCAAAGACAAUGAGACGGGCCAGAGAAAAUGAUGGUCCAGAUGGGGACUCUGACUUAGACUAUAGCUAAAUUAGGCAAUAUUUCAACAGUGAGUAUAAGCCUGCAUGCCUCUACAACAAUAUCAAAAGGCCUUCAUCCACACCAAUUAAUUCAUGUCAACUACCAAACUACAAAUCUGUCAUAAUAUCUAGGAAUAAAUCAACACCAGAAUCAAUUAUACCAAGAUGGAAAUCCCAUUUUGUUUGAUUUCGAAAUGGUGGCCGAUGGAACUGAUGAUGGCGAUCCUGCAGACAACCUUGAAGGGCUCAAUCUGCGUAUUCUGCAUACCCGUCUGUUAGACUUUGAGGAUGGUGUCUGGUUUGCAUUUAUUAGGAAUAUGAGGGCUGCAGGGCUCAUGCCAAACAUACCUGCUGGGUAUGAAGUGUUGAGUAAGAUGAUGAUGGAGGUGUUCCUGAAAGGUUUUGCUCAUAACCAAGACUACAUUGGUACGUUUCUUCAGGACUGUUUACCUAACUUGGCACCAUUGUAUAAGGCAAAUGCACCAGCUGAAACAUCAGAUAAGUCAUUGGCCUUUGGUGUCCCACAUUGUCUUGUCUAUGGGCGAGGUGAAGAACUACGUGUAGGGCCUGAUCGGUCUCGGCAACGAUAUCGGCAGAUUAAACAAAAAAAGAAUUGUGACCAAUCUCGGUCUCGGUCUCGAUCUUCCAGUCCCGAAAAUCCUCUGGGAAUGGUCUAUAGAGAAGGUUUUGAACAUGAACCUCGUCAUGCAGAAAGAAAACGCUAUCCAGCAGAGAUCAUUGUAAAAAAUGAGGCGAUUAGUAACUUCACUGAAUCCCAUAAACCUGAUAUAAUGUUCAUUGAUUAUAGCCACAGGGAUGGGUGUCUCAGAGUUAAGUUGGUUGUUGAAAUAAGUACCAAUGUGAGAUAUGGUCGGGAUGUUGACUUUUACCCCAACUAUGUUGAGUAUGCUACAGCACAUUGUGUGUGGUCCUGCUUUUCAUCGUUACAGUCAGGGCAGACUAAGGUCAUUGGUUUGUGUUGUUUUGUUGAAGGCUUCAGAGGCAUUAAAAUUGAAAAGACUGGUGAUCAUCAGUGGUCCGUGCAUGAAACCAAAUUCGUACAUUUCACUAACAGUGAUGAUGUUGGGCUGCUUCUCGCCACUAUAAAUGAUGAGGUUGGUGUUGCUGAUAACCAAUAAGACAGUAUUCCAUUCCACACGCCACUCAGUUACUCGACUGCUAAGCAAGUUUAGUUGGGGAUGGGGGGGGGGGGGAGUAUGCUGUCUUGAAUUUGUCCAAUCUAUAUCUUUCCCAUGAAUGAGUCUGUGUCUUCUCUUUUGGUCAGUGCGAGGAUGUUUUGGGCCAAUGUAUACUUGUAGGUCAACUUUGACAUUGGAUGAAAUCAGGCAACAUUCUUGGCCAUUUUAUUUGAGCAUCCGAAAUUCUAUAUUUUCAUGUCGAUCAUAUCAGUGGAUGAGUGGUUUUGAACAAUAUAGAGACCAAGUUUGAUGAUGCAUUAGGUCUAUAUCUGCAUCAGUGUGCUAUCAAAAUUAUGUUCAACAAAAUGUGUCAGUGUCUCCUAGAUCAAGGUAAAGGUGUAGGCCUAUAAUGAUUUGGCAAUAAAGCCUGGACUGGAUGGUGAGAAGACUUGGAAGCUAUAGAACUGCCCUUAAAAAAGCAAUGUGUGUUAAUUUCUAAGUUCAGGUGUUUUUCAUGUAUGAUAAAAUUGUAGUUUUGGUGUAUGGACUGUUUUGGCGAAUUUGCUGUUGCCAAACUCGAGGUCUGUAUGAACUAUGAUUCUAAUUAAUAAAACAUUGUUUAUCUCA